AUGGGAGGGAGGGAUCAAGGCGGGGAUACGAACAUGAACGACGUCAACGGAGGGGGAUCGGGAGAGAGCGCUGAUCAUGAGCGGCAGGCGACCACCGCGGCGUCGCGCGUGCCGCUGUACCGAAUGUUCGCCUUCGCGGACAUGACGGACGGGGCGCUGAUGGCGGUGGGCGCGGCCUCGGCGGUGGCCAACGGCAUGGCGCAGCCGCUCAUGACCUUCAUCUUCGGCGACGUUAUCGACGCCUUCGGCUCCGCCGCCGACUCGCCGGAGGACGUGCUGCACAAAGUCAGCAAGGUGAUCAUUAACUUUGUUUAUCUUGGCAUUGGAGCAGGACUGGUUUCAACACUCCAGGUAUCAUGCUGGACAAUCACUGGAGAAAGACAGGCAGCACGCAUCAGAGCUCUGUAUCUCAAGUCGAUUCUCAGACAGGACAUUGCAUUUUUUGACAAGGAUAUGAGCACUGGGCAAGUUGUUGAGAGGAUGUCUGGAGACACAUUCCUCAUUCAAGAUGCCAUUGGAGAAAAGGUUGGCAUGUGCAUACAACUCCUUUCUACCUUUUUUGGAGGCUUCAUUAUUGCAUUUGUGAGAGGAUGGCUCCUGGCACUUGUCAUGCUCUCAAGCAUUCCGCCAGUAGCUGUGGCUGGUGCUAUUGUGUCAAGAAUCAUGACGAAUCUCUCCAGCAGAAUGCAAGCAAAAUAUGGUGAUGCUGGAAACAUUGUUGAGCAAACUAUUGGGGCCAUUCGAACGGUUGUUUCGUUUCAUGGUGAGAAGCAAGCUAUAACAACAUAUAAUAAGUUCAUAAGAAAAGCAUAUGAAUCGGCUCGACGAGAAGGUGCUGUCAGUGGCCUUGGAGUAGGUUCAGUAAUGGGAAUCUUGUUUUGCAGUUAUGGGUUAGCAGUUUGGUAUGGAUCUAAAUUGAUAGUUGACCGAGGAUACAAUGGUGGCCUAGUUAUCAAUAUUAUGAUGGCUGUCAUGGUCGGCGCAAUGUCCUUAGGUCAGGCAUCACCAUCAAUAACAGCUUUUGCAGAAGGUCAAGGAGCAGCAUAUAGGUUGUUCAAGACAAUUGAAAGACAACCAGAUAUUGAUGUAUAUGACACCACAGGGAUCUUCCUGGAAGACAUUAAGGGUGAUGUUGAACUGAAAGACGUGUACUUCAGCUAUCCUUCCAGGCCUGAACAUUUGGUAUUUCACGGAUUCUCCUUACAAGUUCCAAGUGGCAUGACAAUUGCCCUAGUUGGAGAGAGUGGCAGUGGAAAGUCAACUGUUGUCAGUUUGGUGGAGAGAUUCUAUGAUCCACAGUCUGGGGAAGUCUUGAUUGAUGGGGUUGACAUUAGAAGAAUGAAUCUUGGCUGGAUAAGAGGGAAGAUUGGUCUUGUCAGCCAAGAGCCAGUGUUGUUCUCAAGUACGAUCAGGGAAAAUAUUGCCUAUGGGAAGGAUAAUCUUACUACUGAAGAGAUCAAAAGAGCAAUCGAGUUAGCAAAUGCAGCAAAUUUCAUUGAUAAAUUGCCAAAUGGUAUUGAGACGAUGGUUGGGGAACGUGGUACUCAACUGUCUGGAGGACAGAAGCAAAGAAUAGCAAUAGCUAGAGCGAUUAUAAAAAACCCUAGGAUAUUGCUACUUGAUGAAGCAACCAGUGCAUUGGAUAUGGAAUCUGAGAGGGUAGUUCAAGAAGCUCUGGAUAGGGUAAUGUUAGAAAGAACUACAAUCAUUGUUGCACAUCGCCUAAGUACAGUAAAGAAUGCCGAUGUCAUAUCCGUCCUACAAAAUGGGAAGAUUGUGGAACAAGGUUCACAUGCAGAACUGGUGAAGAAACCUGAAGGUCCUUACUCUCAGCUGAUUCACUUGCAAGAGACCCUGCAGGAAGCAGAAGCCCCUAAUGUUGACCCUGAUGUGAUAAUGAAGAAUGGUUUAGGCUCUAGGUCUACUACUAAAAAACUAAGCAGCCAAAGUACCUCAUUUAGGAGGUCAACCAGUAAAGGCUCUUCUUUUGGGCAUAGCGGUAGACAUACCGUCCCUGCUCCAUAUGGACUAUCGGAUCCCAUGGAAUUCAACAAUGGUCAAGACCUAGAGGAGACUGCAGAAAAAAUAUCUAGUAGUCGAAAGAAAGCUCCGAUUAGUCGACUCUUCUAUCUGAACAAACCAGAGGCUGUCAUUCUUGGUCUUGGUUCGAUGGCUGCUGCAAUGCAUGGAACCAUUUUGCCUGUAUAUGGAAUAUUGAUUUCAAGUGCAAUAAAGUCGUUCUAUGAGCCGCCAGCAGAACUACUAAAGGACUCAAGGUUCUGGGCAAGCAUGUUUGUGAUGCUGGGUGCUUCCGCAUUUGUUCUGAUUCCAAUAGAGUACUUCCUGUUUGGACUAGCAGGUGGGAAGCUUGUGGAGCGCAUACGGUCACUGACAUUCCAAUGUAUCAUACACCAGGAAAUUGACUGGUUUGAUAAACCUGAACACUCCAGUGGAGCAAUAGGUGCUAGGCUAUCGACUGAUGCUCUGAACGUGAAGCGACUUGUUGGAGAGAACUUGGCACUUAAUGUCCAGACUGUAUCAACCAUCAUAGUAGGUUUCACGAUAGCUAUGGUGGCAAAUUGGAAGCUGGCACUCAUUAUCACAGUGGUGGUUCCUUUCGUAGGUUUCCAAGCCUAUGCUCAAAUGAAGUUCCUGAAAGGUCUCAAUAAAAAUGCAAAGUUAAAGUAUGAGGAAGCAAGUCAAGUAGCAACCGACGCCGUUGGAGGCAUCAGAACUGUUGCGUCGUUUUGUGCAGAGCAGAAGGUGAUGGAUGCCUAUGCAAAGAAAUGCCAGUCUCCAACAAGGCAAGGAAUGAAGGAAGGUGUUGUUGGUGGCUUGGGAUUUGGAUUCUCAUUCCUUGUGUUUUACCUUACCUAUGCUCUUUGCUUCUAUGUGGGUGCAAAGUUUGUUCAUGAUGGAAAAGCAACAUUUCCUGAAGUGUUUCGGGUCUUCUUCGUGCUAGUUUUGGCUGCUAGUGGGAUCUCACGAACAAGCGCAAUAGGUGCAGAUAGCACCAAGGCUAAUGAUUCAGCCAUUUCGGUAUUCGAAAUUCUUGACCGUAAGUCCAAGAUAGAUUCUAGCAGCGAGGAGGGUAUGGUCAUUGCAAGUGUGAGGGGCAAUAUUGAGUUCCAGAAGGUGUGCUUCUACUACCCCUUACGGCCAAGUGUUCAAAUUUUCAACGAUCUAUCGUUGAAAAUUCCUUCUGGACAGACGGCUGCCCUUGUUGGAGAGAGUGGAAGUGGGAAGUCCACCGCAAUCGCGCUGCUGGAGAGGUUCUAUGACCCAAAUUCAGGCAAGAUCCUUCUCGACGGUGUGGAUCUUCAGACCCUCAAGGUUAGUUGGCUCCGGCUGCAGAUCGGGCUGGUGGCACAAGAGCCAGUGCUGUUCAACGACACCAUCCGCGCCAACAUAGCCUAUGGAAAGCAAGGGGAGGCAUCUGAAGAAGAGAUCGUCGCUGCUGCCGAAGCAUCCAACGCACACCAGUUCAUCUCCGGGCUGCCCGACGGGUAUGAUACUGUCGUCGGCGAGAGAGGGAUCCAGCUGUCAGGCGGGCAGAAGCAGCGUGUGGCCAUCGCGAGGGCCAUCGUGAAGGACCCCAAGGUGCUCCUACUGGAUGAGGCAACGAGCGCUCUGGAUGCCGAGUCGGAGCGGGUGGUGCAGGAGGCGCUAGAUCGGGUGAUGGUUGGGAGGACGACAGUGGUGGUUGCGCACCGCCUGUCAACUGUAAAAGGCGCCGACAUCAUCAGCCUAGUCAAGAACGGGACGAUAGUGGAGAAAGGAAGACAUGAAGAACUGAUGCGGAUAAAAGAUGGAGCCUACGCUUCCCUUGUUGAGCUUAGCGCCACUUGAAGAUAAC